AUGACGAGCACUCACUUCGACGUUAUUAUAGUUGGAGCCGGUGUGUGAGAACCUUCCACUCUCUCCCUCCCCUCAAUCAGCCUAUUACCUGCCUUACCUACCUUACUCGCGAUACCUACCUUGCCGAAAUUUCCCCAUUGACCAAGUAUUACACCCUGCUAAGACUUUUCAACGCCCUUAAUCAGGUCCCUUCGGCAUCAUUGCUGCAAAAACCUACCUGGAGCUGAACCCCAUAGCUUCCUUGGCGCUGCUGGAAACUGAUACUUCCCUGGGUGGAGCUUGGAGCAAGAGCCGAAUCUACCCGGGCAUGUACUCGCAGUCCCCACUGGGGAUGAUCGAGUUCAGCGACGUGCCGAUGAAACCAACACCACAGCACUAUAAGAAUUGCGUCCCCGCACACCAUGUACACGAAUAUCUGGCGUCAUACGUUGCAACCCAUAUAUACGAUGGAAAGAGCAUACGGGACAGGAUUCACUUGGAUACCCGCGUUGUCAGUGUUCAGAAGUGGUACGGUCCGCCGGAUGGAGCGGGCAAUCGCAGUGGGAGGGGGGGGAGUGCUUGGGUUGUGGGCACGGAUCGUGGACAGACCAUUAUCUGCUCGAAAAUUAUGAUUGCUGGUGGGAUUACGUCGAGGCCGUAUAUUCCGUUUUUCAACGCACCGGAUUUCACACCCCCUAUACUGCAUACGGAGGAUUCGGCGAGACUGGCGCCGACGCUCAUGGAGCCGGGGUGCGUGCGGAACGUGAUUGUCAUUGGGGGGUCGAAAUCCGCGAUUGACGCUGUUCAUAUGUUCAUUUCUGCUGGGAAACAAGUGGAUUGGAUUAUUAGCGAUAAGGGAUCGGACCAUCCUGGGAUGUGCGUGGCGGGGCGUGCCCCGGUCUACUUCAAGAGGUCGCACCGGAUAUUGUCGACGAGGUUGAUGUCCAAGCUAAGUCCUUGCAUAUUCCAACCGCCAGACGGCUGGAUGCGCUUCUUUCACCAGACGAGAGUGGGCCGAUGGACCACUAACACGGUCUGGAGCACUAUGCAAUCGGCCUGGCUUAAGGCGGCGAGAUACGGGCGUAGUGGCGAUAUGUCUAGUCUCCGACCCCAACUCCCGUAAGUCCCGUUUCCCCCCAGAUCACAGCCCAUCACCAACUAAGGUGAUGGAAAAAGUAUGUUCUGGCGCUCCGAUGACAUUGGCGUAUCCAAUCCCCACAACUUCUGGAGGACUAUGAGCCAAGCAAAUGUCCACCGCUCCUCCAUAGACCGGGUUGAAAACUCCUCGGUAGUCUUGGCAAACACCACCACCCUCCCGUGCGACCUCCUAAUCAUGUCUACUAGCUGGGAAGUAACUUUCCCCUUCUUCGCCCCAGCAGAUGCCUCAACCCUCGGCCUGCCGGUACCAACAUCCCACCAAUCUCUCCUCGAUUCCAAAAAAUAGCAAAUCCUAGAAGCAGCAGCGGACCGCACUAUUCUCAGCAUGUUUCCCAAACUCGCCAGACCUCCGAACUUUGACCGACAUCCGGUGAACACGACGCAAUUCUACAUAUAUCGGGGCAUCGUCUCACCGCGGGAGUCCAGGGAGGGGGAUAAUUCGAUAGUGUUCCUGGGGCAAGUCGGCGCGGCACAAAGCUUCCAUAUCGCAGAGACGCAGAGUAUCUGGGCCGCCGCGUACCUCAUGGGAAAGCUCAGGCUGCCGAGCGUGGAGGAGAUGGAGAUGGACAUUGCCCUUACUAAUGCCUGGAGGAGGAGGCGGUACCUCUCUGUUGGAGAGCGCAAGCUGACCUUUAUGCAUGAUGAACUUGCGGUAAUUUUCUCUCAACCCUUCGAGUGAUAUUUUGUGAUGCUAAGGUUUUUGUCUGUUUCUUUUUGGAACUAGUACGUGUCAAUGCUCCUCCGCGACCUAGGAAUCAAUCAUAAGCGCAAAUAUGGGAGGUUAAAAGAGCUGUUCCAGCCAUACUCGAAUAAAGAUUAUCGUGGGAUGUUGGAGGAGUGGAGGAUGAUACAGAAAGAGAGGGAGCAGGACGGGGAGACAGAGACGGUGUAUGAAGAGUCUCGUACAUCUUCUCCGGGCAUAGCCGCCCUUUGAGUCGUUUAUCAACGGAAAGCAUGGAAGUAGUGGAGGGGGUGGCGCAAACGUUUUAUCAGUAUGAUACUAUUGGUGGCAUUACUCGGGCGUGAUAUUAUUUUUCUACCCGAUAUUUGUUUUGUACAUAAAAGCUAGCAUUGUGGAUGGGCUGGACGGGGAGGGCCAAGGCAGAACACGAUAGGUGUGAAGAGAGAAAAUUUAACGACACAAAACCAAUCAAACCAGCUCUUUAUAGCGGUUGUACCAAUGUGAUCUCAAACAGCUUGGGAGGAAUCAGAGAUGGACCAAGCCAUGAUAACACAAGGCUCUCGCGCCCAACUCCUUUUACGCCUACAUGAUUGGCCACGUCCAUGAUACCUUGUAUCCCACUUUCAACCAACCAACUAACCAACCGAUAGCCAAACCAACCAAUUCAAUCACUGACCCAAUCCUGUACUCCAGUCCCACUACCCCAAACCCAACCAACGAGCGAAAUCCAAGCCCUCAAACCGCA